UUUGUCUUUUGUCUUGGAUCUUGGUUUCCUUUUUUUCCUGGACGUUCACCACCUGGUCAGUAUGGUGCCGCCACCACCCGCCAACAAGCUUCAUGUGUGCUUGUCGGCCGUCUUGAUCAUGGGCAGCAUGGCACUGAUGGACGCCUACUUGGUGGAGCAGAACCAGGGGCCCAGGAAGAUCGGUGUGUGCAUCAUGGUCCUCGUGGGGGACAUCUGCUUCCUCAUCGUCCUACGUUACGUGGCUGUGUGGGUGGGUUCUGAGGUGCGGACCUCCAAGCGUGGCUAUGCCAUGAUCCUAUGGUUCUUCUAUGUCUUUGUCCUGGAGAUCAAGGUCUACUUCGUCUACCAGAACUACAAGGCCGAGGACGGAAAGGGGAGAAGUUUGGACGGUUGGACUGGCGGCGGCGGCGUAGACGGGGUGGCACGGAAAGCGCUGACAUUGCUUCUGUCCAUUUGCGUGCCCGUGGUCUACAUCACGUUGGUGGCCAUCGACCACAUGGAGUACGUGCGGCCGCAGAAAAAGAAGGAGGAGAUCCGGUGUCGACUCUUCUGGGUGGUGGUGGACUUGCUCGAUGUCCUGGACGUGCAGGCCAACCUAUGGGAGCCUCAGAGGAGAGGGCUCCCCCUAUGGGUGGAGGGACUCAUGUUCUUCUACUGCUACAUCCUGCUGCUGGUGCUCCCGUGCGUGUCGCUGAGCGAGAUCAGCAUGCAAGGGGUGAACAUCGUGCCCCAUAAGAUGAUGCUUUAUCCGAUUCUCAGCCUGGUGACUAUUAACAUUAUCACUCUCUUCAUUCGAGGUGGGAACAUGAUCUUCUAUAGGGACUCCAGGGUGUCUGGGAUACUGAUGGGUAAAAAUGUGAUCGCCAUUGUUCUCAAGACAUGCAGUUUCGUCCAGUAUCGUAGGCAUCUCGGCGAGGUCCCGUCGCCCGCCCUUGAGGUAGAGAUGCAGAAGAAUUGCAUUGUCCACGGCCCAAAAGUGACUAUGCCUGUGCCCAUGCCGAUGCCCAUGCCACCCCAAGUAGUGAUUCAAGACUUCACAACGUUUCCCGAAGAGAUGGUGUGUGUGAGUGACACAGAGGUUGAGCAAACGUGACACAGGUCUGGGUGAGAAAAUAAUAAAGAUACCUAACACACAAGUUUAUUAUAGGACAUUAUAAAAUACACAUUCAUGCGUAUAACAAGUUAUUAAGCAUGAUGCCUGCAGGGUUUUUUUUAGUAAAGUGUCACCAGAACAGUUGACACAAGGAAGCAGCGUAGGGUCACGACAGGUAGGGUCACAACCAUUUCCUUGGACCAGGGAGGAAAUUAUUGUAGGAAGAAGUGAAUGUGCCCCUCCCAAUAAGGAUGAUCUAAUGAAGAACAAAAAACAAAAAUGAAAGAUUAAAGGGAUACUUAUACUUGUAUAAGAUAUUGUGCAGAACAAAGUAUGAUGUACCUUUUAAUUUGGGGAUGAUUUUUUGUCUCUUUGUGCACCUGUAAAACUACCUACAAAUAUUAAUGUGAGGUGCUGGAUACAGUAAAGGAAAGAUAUUCCGCACACUUUACUGAUCAUUGCUGUGUUUAUUAUUUUUUUUAGUAUUGUGAAGAGGCCGUUCAAUGAACAGUAGAGUACCUUCACUCUGACCGGUCCUCCUUUCCAAACUGUUUUCAUUCUAAUGCUGUUUGAGCGUCAAUGUCAACCAUUUGUAUUGAAUGAUUUGUCUUUGAUAAAU